AUUUUGUGUAAUAUUUCCAUCAGUUUGUGUUUAGUCUCCCAUUGGAAUAGAGUUUUAAAAAGUCUAUAUAAUUCAGAAACUAGCAACUUUGAUUUUUUAAAAAAUUAAUUUAUUUUAAAUUUUAUAAUGAAUUUACUAAUUGUUUUAACAAUUAUAUUGAGCACAUGUGCUGUGUUUGAGUUCAAACCACAGACACUGGCCGAUGAUGCUAACACACCCGUGGUUAGGGUGCAGGUGUUCUACACACCGUUCAGUCAGAAGGCCAUUGACUUUAUUAGACUCAACAAAAUAGACAGCGAUAAAGGUAUCUAUGCCCUUAUGAUGCCGAAAGAGGGGUCAGAGACCGAGGUCAAAUACAAGGUGGAGGUCGAUUUUGUACCCUGGGGUAGGAACGUCCGAAAGGUCGAGGAUAACAAACUCGUAUAUGAUUGUAGUAAUACUGAAAAUGCUGAAAAGGAUGCGGAUUGUGUAGGCACAAGACUUCACGCUUGCAUGAGCCAUUACACGGGUAAUUUGCACCACAACCACCACGAGUUCUACAUGAUCCUGUGCACCACCCAGGAGGCCGAUUGGACCACCGACCCCCUCAAAAAUAUCGCAACAUGUUCGAACGAGGUCAAUGACGAGCCCGAUGACGCUUUCAACCUGGAAAUCUGUGCCAAAACGGAUAACGACAUUGGACGGUCUUUCUUGGACGAGGCUAUAUCGGCCACCAACGUGAUCACCAUGUUUGAGGAGCUCAAUAAGGAUAACGACCCGUUGAUUUACAUUAAUGGUGAGCGUAAUGACGAUGCCCGCACUGACUUGCGAACUGCAGUGUGCCGCGCGUUCAAG